CCACAUGUUAAAACGUGCAAUUCUCCUAUACAUAAGGAAACCAAUUCUAUUGAAAUAAUCAAAAUAUGUUUUUUAAAAAAAUUUAUGAGCCUAAGUUAAUUGGUCUGACCCAUCUUUCUCCUCAUCAUCGUACAGUGGGAGAAAGUGAGGCAGGUAUUUGUACAAGGAAAAAAGAAGACUUAUGAAGCACCUACUAAAUGCCAGGCAUUUGGCUAAGUGGUUUACAUUUCGUGUUUUAGCCUCCGAACAAUUUUGGAAAGCAGGUGCUAAUAUUAUUCCCAUUUUAUGGAUGGGGAAGCCGAAACAAACUGAGGUUUAUGCGGCUCACUCAGAGUUCCAAAGCGAGGAAGCGUCUAAGGUAGAAUUUGAACUCAAGUCUUCCUAAUUCUAUGCCACAGUGAGGGACAGAGCCUAGUGAGUUCGCUAGGAGCCGCCAGGGAGCGUCCUGGGCCCGAAGUAUUGGUAGCUGCCAUGUUGGAACCGGGCGGCGUCCGAAGGCGCUGGCCUAUGGACCUCAAGGUCGACCACUGCGCUUGCGCUCCUUUCUGAGGACCCGCAGUAGCACUUCCGGAAGAUUACUCUUCGGGUUGCCCCCGGCAAAAACAUUCCUGACUCGCUCGAGGUUCUCCUUUUUCUGAGUUCCCUACUUGGACGGGAGACAAGCUAGUUCAAGAGACCAGCGCCAGGAGAACUGAUACGCCAAUCCUCUCUUACGGGAGGCGCAUGCGCAAAUGUACUCGCAGUCUUUCAGUGACCUUUAACCCCACGACCGCCUCUUUUCUCCCUCCCGCAGUGUCAAGAUGGCGCUGUCCAGGUUAUACAAGAGACCCGUCUCCCUGGGCUGUGCGCCUGCUCCCCCGGAACCCUUCUUUUCCCUGCGGCUGCAGCCUGGGCGUCGGAGCCCGGCCUGGGGGCCUCCAAGACCCCUCAGGCUCCACCUGUCCCCCCGGGAGGACGUGAAGAGCCUCGUUUCCUCUUUUGUGGCCAAGACCAAAGUGAUGAAUGAGAAAUACAAUCGCUUCUUGGAGCGCCGCUUUCCCCGCUUCUAUGUCAUGUAUUCAGUCUUCGUGAAAGGAUUUCAGAUGCUUUUGGCUGAUGCAAAAAAAGCUAGAAGAAUAAAGACAUUUAUGAGGCAGAAAAAAGUAAUGUUUCAUCAGCUUUCCUAUCGGGACAUGGAACAUUUGAGACAGUUCCGACAAGACAUCGUCAAGUGUCUUUUCCUGGGCAUCAUUUCCAUCCCACCCUUUGCCAACUACCUGGUCUUCCUGCUGAUGUACUUGUACCCCCGGCAACUGCUGAUCCAUCAUUUCUGGACCUCAAAGCAGCAGCUGGAAUUCUUAGACAUCUACCAUGCUCGACGAAAGCAGUCCCAUCCAAAGAUCCUUAGCUGUUUGGAAAAGGCCACCCUGUUGAUCCCCAAUCCAGUUCAUCAGUGGCAUUUUACACAGCUGUAUGUGAAGGUUCAGAAGGGUGAUCCACCGGUUGUAAAUGAUCUGCUGCCUUUGAGGACAUGUUUUUCUGUCUAUCCCUUGGCUAUGUCUCAUCUUUCUACUGCACACCUGAAAGCCUUGAGCCGGGCCAUGCUUCUCACACCUCACCUACCCUCUGUUUUGCUGAGAUACCGUCUGAAUAAACACAGCACUGUACUUCACCAGCUAGACAAAGCUUUGAAAAGAUUGGGGAUUGGCCAGCUGACUGCUCAGGAAGUCAAAUCGGCCUGCUAUCUCCGUGGCCUGGAUUCCACCCAUCUUGCCGAAGACUGGUGCCGAUUUUGGCUGGCACAGUGGCUAUAUUUUUCCUGUAGCCUGAAAAACACUGAGAUGUCCCUCUUGCUGCAUGCUGUGGUCUUAUUUUCUACCAACUACCCUGGGACAAGGCACUUAGGAAGCUGCUAGAAAGAAGACUGUCCUCUGUCCUUUUUGGAGAUGCAGCGUGGGACCACACAGCACACACCAGCCACAGACGCAGAGAGGAACAAAUGCUGCAAGCCUUGCAGUGUGGCACCCAAAGUAGAAGAAAGAGCUGUUAUUUCCCUUUCAGCUAGAGCUGAAAGCAGCCAACUACAUGGUGUUGAGUAGUGUUUUCUGGUAAUAGCCCUGUGCUUUGGACACUGAUUUAUGAUUGUAAUCAAGUUUAGGUCCUAGGAAGACAGCCUAAUAUCAUAUUUAUUAAGGCUCCGUCUGCUGCUCUUUCUGGCUGGUUUUCCACCGAAUUAAAUUCUUAAAUACAAAGAACAAAAAAACUAAACUUAAGCACUUAUGCCCCAGAAUAUUAUUCUGUCCCUUUCUAAAAGUGACAGAGAAAAACACUUUUUCUCUAUUCCUUUUUAAAUUUAAGUUCAUCCUUUACAAUAAUUCUUCUCUAACUUUUAACUUUUAUUGAGAUCCUGUAAUGAAAAGAAAAAAAAGGAAGCGUUUUCCUCUGGAAGAGAAUGUCUCCUCUUAUCCUGCUAUCCUUUCUUCACAUGUUUACAGUUUCACCCACCUUGUCUUAAUUUCUGGGCUAUAGCUACCUUGUGGAUCCUAAGAUUCCUGGCUUCUUCCACUGUGUUGUCCAUUUCACCCAUCACUGACAGUCACAAUGGCUGGGGUGUUUGGGCCAUGGAUAACGCCAGGAAAAUACCAGUUAGUGCCUGGCUUACUGCACUAUCCAUGGGAAGGUCCCGCAUACAGUGUACCAUGAAUUGAGUUUAGUUUUGUUUGUAUGUAUACAUGUCAGUGACUUGUAAAUUAAAUUACUGUAAAUGCAUGAACCAACUUGUUGAACCACAAGUAAAGAUUUAAUUAAACUAAUGGUUACAAAUUA